UGAUAAUGAAUAAAUUCUCCCACGUAUACUCAACCGUUGUGAAAGCUUGCGUCGAUUACAAAUACGGCAAGACUUAUGUCAGAAAAGGAAGGCGAUAUUUCAAAUUCUUUCACAAAAAUGUUCACGGAAAUACGUGAAUGAAAAAAAAACUUAAAUCUGGGUAGAAACUGAGGCGUGACUGAUGACGUAACGAAUGUCACUAGGGAAUCAUUUUUCAUUCCUGGCAAAGCUUUAUAAAACCCCGUACAUGCAGUAGAUUUACUGGUUGUGUUUGUCUAAUCACAAGUUAACGUCCUCCUUCAAGUAGUAUCAGUUAUUCGCGAAAAAAGCUACAAAAUGGCUUCCCGACCCAAAGGUUUUGGACUUACCGCUGAGCUGCAAAGAAAGGUACGAUGACAGGCAAAUUGUUGAUUUUCGUACUUGAUUGUUGUGUCUCCGCGAGCGAAAUUCCAUUUGCGUGCGAUUGAUUUUGUGCAAAUGAUAACUUUGUAUCGGGCAAAACGGACAAGUUAUUACCUUGAAAAUUUUUUACACGGACUUUGCAUUUUCACGUUUUGUUAAUGAUUCUCUGGACCGCGUAGAUCAUCUUGCCCGUCUCAAAAUUAUAAGUCUUCUGGGCUAGUGGUUUUGUUUAUGGAGGGCGCGGUUGAUUACGAUUACAUUUGCAAUUAUGCCGUCUUGUGCAAGUGAUCUAUAUUGCCAUUAACGUUGGUUAAUAUUAGCCUUGAUUACAGUGAGUUUUUUACAAGUCUUCUAUGAAGACAAUGAUGAAUAACGAGGAGAAUGUUAGAGAGAAAGUUAUCUAAGAGUCUACAUAUGGGAUGUGAAUGUUUAGUCAAAUUAAACAAGCUCGGCCGAACUUGUGAUCCAAGCAUGAUUAAAUACGGCGCUUUGUUUGCAGUUGACUUUUUGUAAGUGUUAAAUAUUUCCGUCUAAUACUUGUAGCUCUUGGAAAAUGUCAUGUCUUAAUCUGGUUUGCAUUUAUUUUUAUAUUUUGAGACCAUUGUUGAUUUUUUAUCAGAAAAUGAUGCAUCCCUGCAAGGUAUCUUUAUUUAUUUUUCAUUUUCAUGAUCAAAGUUGUGUUUAUAUGCCGCUUCUGGGUAAUUGGUAGUAAAGAAACGGACCAAUUACUCUUGGAGAGUUGUUUUCAAACUGUCAUUUAUCGUACAAGGGGCCUCUUUCGCCAAAAUUGAGGCUGCCGAUACUAUCGAUAAAGACAUGACCCAGACGUUUUUCUUGGCAAAUUGCAUGCGUCUCUUGAAUUCCAUCAUUUCGAUUAUUUCACAUCACACGUCACGCAAUGUUUUUACUUGCCCCUUCGGUUUUAUAAAUAUCGUGUCUAAAAUUCUUCUAGAAAUUUGUAGUAUUUAUAAUGUUCCUCUAAUUUCUCUUUCAUAAAAAAAAGAAGUAAAUUCAACGAAGUAGUGAAUUAUGUGCUUAGGGGAAUUUGAAUGUUUCUCGAAUAUCAGUUUUCCGGUUUUACCCCAUGCUAUAAAUACCAAUCCGCAUAGAAUUUUCUAGACCACAAUUUUUGGUUUCUGUGAUGUUCACUCCCAUAUGCUUUUCCUUAGAUGGCAGUGUUUUCCGAUAUAGAAAAUCCGGAGUUAUAAAAUAUGCAUGGUACUUGUGGAUGGUUAAGAUGUUUUACAAAGUUAGAUUUUUUCAUGCUUGAAAUUUGUAAAAUAUUUUAUCUUUAAAAUUCUUAUGAACAGAAAUUAAAAGAAAAUGUGAAACUUUUGUGUCUUGAUAAAUCCCUAAUAAAAUCGAAAUAAUCCAAUUAUUGUGAAAAUUGUGAGAUGAAAGGCAAGGUAAUAAUUCAGGGUUGUCACUAAGAUUUCAAGUUACUGGGUAAAUACAACAAGUAGGUGGGGAGUCAAACAGCUAGGGAUUUCUUUUGGUUCUAUUUUUAUUCUAUUUUCCAAUAAAAGUAGCCGGGGGCCACUCUCUUAGUAGCCGGGGAAAAUCCCCGGCCCCCGGCUCUUAAUGACAACCCUGAUAAUUUUUGUAUCUUGACAAUGUGAUAAAUUAUUAGAUAAAUAAGUACCAGUGGUAAAGGAGUUAUGUCACUAAUUUUUUUCAAUACUCAAACACUGUGAUCUUCCACCAAACUGGGUGAAACAAAAAUAACUGCUCUAAACAUUCAAAGAAAGUAUGAAUAACCCAGCUAAUACAAAAGGAGGCAUGAAAGAAGAUUGAAAUGGAUUGCAAUUGUGGUUUUUGUGAGGUUCUUUUCUUUUUAAUGUUCGAUUCCUUACGAAGUGCUCUUGCUAAAGUGUGUUAUGAUUUUAUCAGAAUUUGCAAUAUGUAUGACUCAUCAUGAUCGCAAGCCAUUAGGGUGAUAGUCUCUUUGCUUUAUGUCUAUCAAGAUAAUUUGGUGGUUGGUCAGUCCGCCUUGAUGUCAUCCAGACUGAUGUCACAGUGUCCGAAAUUAACUUUUUAAUGCGGGGGCCAACUGGCGAUCAAGUAUAAAUUUUUGGUCGCCAGAGGGCAAAUUGUGGUCGCCAAAAAUUUUCCCUCCCUUUUUUUCAAAUAAAAGUCUAAACACGAACAAAAAAUGCAUGAUAUGGACGUUUUUAUGCUCAAAAGUUGCACCACUUUUGCUCCCGAUACCAGAAAGCAACCGUAUGUGUACCAGUGAAGUCUUAUUUUUUCCACAAAUUACUUCUUGGAGAUAUAAAGCUAUCUAACCUAGAACAUAGGAACAGAAAGCUGUCUGCCCACGACUGCACUGAUCAUAUCAAAACUCUAUUUUCUUCCGAUAACUACCACGAAACACGAAACAUAAAACACGAGUCAAGCCGCCAUGUUGCUCGUACCAGGCCACAACUGUGCCACAUUACUCGUACCAGCUUACAAAGUACAUAACGUGCUUACCGUAUUUCAGCUGAAAACAACAUGGCGGCUUGGAAACGUUCAACUCGUAUUGAUCGUAGCUGUUGUGAAGGUAUUAUUACAAGAAGAUUCGUUUCACUUUUAAUCAAAAAAUAUCAGCAGGUCAAAAAGGAAGAGACCUGUUGGCAAAUAGCUUCGAGGUUUCAAUUCUUAAUCAGAUUCUCCGAAAGUUAAAGUCCACAAUAACAACCAGCUUUACAAGUCGCUAGCUGACGACCAGCUAUGAAAUUCUGUUCGCCAGGGCUAAAUUUUUAGUCGCAUUGGCGACCAGGAAGGCGCAAUUUCGGACCCUGUGUCAAGGUGCAUUGUGGGUUUCCAGGCAACCAAUUUUGCGGCCUCACAAGUGAAUGCGAUAAGGCUUGCCUUUUAUCUAUUGUUUUUUUUUAGCAGCUGUCUUAGGAGUCGAUUGAUAAGUGUUUUUUACCAUGAAUUUCGAAGACAAAAGUACUUUUAAGCGAAAAUGGAAGCAAUUUGGAUCAUUAGCCUUGAGAUGUGAGCAAAAAUCAAAGUAGCAAAACACAUGUUUUGCAUCCCACUUCGCAGACAAGUUUAUGUUGUAUCGGCUUAGUUGGGCAUCUGUUCUGUAAAUGUGAUGAAAUGCGUUUAAGUUGGGUUUUUUACUGUCAGUGUGUCACUACCCAGAUGUGUGUAGUGCUUCUGCAUGAUUGGUUGAAACAAAUUUCCCUGCAGCACAACCAAUCCGAGGUACCCAGAUCUGGGCUGUGACGUAUGUCAUCAGCAUCGAAUUUCUCUGCUUUAAAAAGUUCCUCAGACAUCAUUUUGCUGGGAUGCUACAUAGUCAUGGCAUCAUGAAAUGCCAUCUGUUUUCUUACGCCACUGGUAUCCAGAUACAAGUACUUCAAUAAUAUUAUUAGUCAGGCCCAGGGCUGUCAACUCUCCCAGAUAAUCCGGAAGACUCCAGAUUUUGGACCGGUUCUGCUGGUCUCCAGAUUAGAGUCUGAAAUCUCCUGGAUAAUCGCCAAAGUUUGCCAUUUCUUGUAGAAUCGACUUUCUGACAAUAUAACUUCAAAUACAUUGUUUGUUUGAGCUAUUUUACAGUUAACAUCGAACGUUUCCUCACAAGCUUCCGUGUGCCAUUGUUAUGUAAUAUAUAUAAGCAAUGUUAUUGCUGCAAAGUAAGCCAAUUAGGUCAAAUGUUGCAAUUCCAACAACAUCUUUUUCGUUCGUUUUUUUCACAAAUGAGGUCAUGUGCCGUGUGCAUUAUGAUGUCAUUUAUCAUCCCUCCCCCAUCAAUUCUCAAUAUUUGACGACGUGGGGGGUUGACAGCCCUGCAGGCCUCGGUUGUUUGAAAGGUGGAUAGUGCUAUCCACUGGAUAAAUAUCUACCCAAUGGAUUAUAAUACAAUUGCUUUUGGUAAUACCUAUCCUCUCUGGAUAGCGAUUAGGAUAGCACUAUCCAACUUUUGAACAACCGGGGCCAGGAGUCCGAACAAAAUUACCACUAGGUGGUGGCAGAUCAUUACAGAUGUACUUUUCUGGGAAACUGUCCACCUACCCCUCCCCUAAGUCAACAUUUUACUUUAAGUGAAUAGUAAGUGUUAAUGUUGGCUUAGGGGAGGGGUAGGUGGGCAUUUUCCCAGAAACAUAAUCUGAUCCGUGGUGAUUCACUUUCCCACCACCAUCUGGGUAUCGAGCAAACACCUCAAUCUUGUGUUUGAUGUACAUUUGAAGCUGGAGUCUGUGGAGUCAGAAAACAUGUCCACAACCACACCUCAUGGCUGCUUUUCCUGCGCUUUUCAAAAACGCAUGAACUCUGAAGUUCAAAAGCUGCCUUUAAUUCACAGUUGCGUUUUCCGCUGCUGUCAGUCAUAAUUACAAUUCCAAGCAACAAACCUUGAAACAAAGUAACUGACACAAAACGGAUCAAAAUCCACCAAGCACAAAUCAUAAACUGUGACCUUUUGAACCUCUUGAAGUAAACUUCUCUUUCCUAAGAGUUUUGCUAAGAUGGUUGAUCAAAACAAAGAACGCAAACAUCAGUUGGCUUUUGAACUUCAGAAUGUGUGUAUUUUUGAAAAGCUCAGCAAAAUUAUUUUGUUAUAAUUAAGGGAGAGUUAGGAUUUUGUAUUGUAGGCUGUUAACCCAUUCGCUCCUGGAGAUUUUGCCGAAAAACGCGUUUUGAAGCUAGUCGAGUGGUUUUCUGGUCACUGUCGUGCUAUGAAGAGCUAAAACUUACCACAAACUGGUUUACAGGUCGUACACUUCGCGGCCUUCUGAUCCAGAUGCAAAAUGUCAGCUUGCGAAGUUCGGGCAUGUGCAGAAAGCAAAAUUUCGAGAUAGUUUUUGGGUUUAAAAGUUACACAGCAGUCUUGACUUUUACUUUUCGCUUUCUCUCCUCCCUUCUUUUAUCGCUUUUCUUGCCUCAUUUUUUUUUUCUCUUGCUGGGCAUUUAGUUCCGAAGUAAAACCACCCUUCUCAAAAAUCCUUUCGAAAAUCCUAGAAUCCUAAUCCACUUUCCUUUCCAUCCACCCGUUACCUACAAGAUUUUCAUGGAGAUUUUCAGGUCAAUGUCACGUGGUUUUUUGGUUCUUUCUCCGGUGUCCUUGACUGAAUUGUGCUCAUUCUGGUAUGGUUUGAAAGAUCUCUUCACUCUGCACAAGUUAGCGAAGAAAGUUGUCCUUGACCGUUAAAACUGAUGACGUCACAAUGCAUGGUUAGAAAGGAUCUGGAUCCUUACGGGUGGUUCAGGGGCGAAUGGGUUAAACUUAAUUAAGAGCAGCUAGUGUCCACUUGAGAGAGCCUAUGUUUUUAUUGUUGUCUGUUGAGGGAUUUUUGUUUGUAUGACUGGAAUAUCACAGGUAUGACAAAUACAAUUAUUGUAGAACUGCAUGAACCUUUAAGAACCUGUGGUUAAUCACUUCUCUGUUGAUUAUAAUAAUAACAAAAAUACAGAAAGAUGCCAAAUAUGACCCUGAGUUGGAGGCGCAAAUCAGAGAUUGGAUCAAUCAAGUUCUUGGAGGACAAGUUCUUAAUCCCUCUCCUGAUCCGAAAGACUUCUAUGAAAGCCUAAAGAGUGGAGAAGUCCUUGUUGAGUAAGUGCUAGGAAACGUUAAAAUUAAUAUUUAUCGCUGCCUAUUUGUAUUUAAUCUUGUUUUAAAAAUGCCUGUGCAUACUUCUAAGCAAUUGUUUUUGAGGAAGCUAUUGAAUGACCAAUGAAAGUAAUAGUUAAUUAAAUUAUAUUAAUUUUUGUAUUGUCUAUUGCAAGUUGCAAAUUACUGUUAAUUGAACUGCUAUCGUCAUUUAAUUUUAUUGAUUCAAUUUCAUUGAGUCACUGAGACUUUACCAGAACCAUAUAACCCGGAAGCAUCUAAAUUCUCCUUUUUUGUUUCGAACCAUGCUGGGACUUUUUAGCUGUCCAAUAAAGAAGCACAGAAAUUUUUUCAUGAAUAGGGAAUCAGAGCAGUGAAGGCAUUCCAGUGUCUUAAACAAUAGCUAAUACUGCAUUCUUCCAGUCCCUAACUGUUGUCCUGCAAGUUCAUCCAUAACAGCAGGCGCGAGCAGAGCCCCAUACCUAAGAAAAUAUGGACGUGACCAUUUGGCGUCUGUCCGACAUGGUUUGUACAAUCUUACAAAGGUCUCGAAUUUUACUAUAGUUGUCUUGAAAAGUCUUUGAAUUUGGUUUAGGUCCUUGAAAAGAACUUGAUUUUUUCGUUUGGUCUUGAAAAGUCCUUAAAACAAAAACCUUGUCUAAGCCAGAGACCUUUUUCUAUUAGAUUAUUUUGCCUUGGAAAAUUUGGCUCAUCCUCGGUGCAUAAGAACCCGUAAAUAUUAUUAAACUCAUGGGUAACGUAAAAACAUUUUUUUGCAUGAACAAUAUUUUAUUUCUGUUUCUUUAUUUCAAAUGUUUAUAUAAUUUUCAAUCUGUACCACAGAUGCAAUAUUGCAAGUCAUACCCUGCAGUUAUUUUGCCAAGUCUUGUUAAGGAAAGAGUAUUAAAAUAAUAAUGUGAUCAUCGCGAUGGCUGAAGAAGUAAAAAUUGUAAAUUAAUGACUCCAUAACAUGUUUUAGCCAGUAGGGUGAUCAUAGGGGUUUAAAGAAUGCUGAUUUUAAAAAUAAAUCUUGGUCUUUGAUAACUGUACUUUGUCCUUGAAAAAUCCUUAAAAAGUCCUUGAAAUUUGUUCGUCUGGAGUUGUACAAACCAUGGCCCAACCAACUGUUCAUCCACACCACAGGGAAACCAAUGUUAAUUGUCAAACUUUAUAGCUAGUUUUGGGCCCUGCAACCUGAUAUUGCACAUUCAUUUUGUGGUCAUUUAGAGCUGUCAAAACAGGGCAUCUGCUGACCAGUAUCACAUGACCGUAUUGCGGGCUCACGUGUCGACCCGUCGAGGUUACAUGUCUUUUUGAAGUUAUUUGCUGACAAGUUACUUAGUUUUUGAUUGAUUGUGGGCUCAACUUUAAGUGGAUGUCUAUUAAUGAAAGCUUCACCUUUAGGCUUGGCUAAAUUUAUAUAAUUAUUAUAACAUGAUCAAAUGGUCAAAAACGUUUACAUCUACAAGAAGUGGUGCUGAGGGGUCAGUAAUUCCAUAUUAGGAAGUAAAUUUUGACUGGUUCUCAAAAGAACUUCUGCAUUGGAACAUUUAUACGCUUCAGGGUUAUUGCUUCAAUCUGUCUUUAUUCAGUGAAUUAUUUGAUCUUCAUUGGGUGAUUCCAGAAAAUAUCCAUUCCUACCACAGAAGGCAUCGAUCUUCUUCUUUAUCUUCAUCUUCACAGAAAGCAUCUCCCCUUGCUAUCUGAGUUCCAAAAUGCUCAAUCACCUUGCCCUCAGAAUUGCAGCUGUAUUAUUCUUAAUGAAAACUAAAAAAUAAAACAAAAUUGACAUUUGCCCACAUUAGUCCAAUUGGCAGCAUUGAGAACACCCCAGGAUUCCAUUCCCAAUACUAAUGCAAAUUGUUUAUGAACCGUGAGAGUACCAUGAAAUCUAUAGUGGGAAAAAGCUGCAGAGAUUGAUAUCUAUUUGGUUAUUGUAAGUUGUCAAUCUCACCUAUCAUGCAGUGUGAACAUUUUAUAGCCUUGCUAGUGCUUUGUUCACCUUGAGCAUAUGAUCACAGCAUGAUUUGCAAAACUGUAAUUUUCUUCUGGAAGUCAAGACCCUUGAAACCCCCUGCCCUGAGUAUGGAUAUCUUAUGGAACCACCCAUUCUUUUGUCCAUCAAUGCUUCUAUUCAUUAAGAUUUGGACUUAAAGUGUAUUUAUGUCCUCUGGUGAGUUUUUCCCCCUGAUAAAAAUUUGUUUUAAAACUCAUUUUAAAAAAGAAUCUAUUUAAUACCUGCACCCUUAGCUUCAUCUUUAGUUGACUGCGACUGCAAAUGCAAUACAACUAGUUUAAUUUUUAAUGAUUUGGAUCGAAUUGGAAGCUUGAAAAGUUGGUUUGUGAGAAGAGGGAGAAAGUGGACUGCCUGGAGAAAAAGCUCUUAAUUAGAGCAAGAGCACAUAGUAACCAGUAACAAACUCAACCCACAGUGGCAUUAACUCCAGGACUUGAACCACUUUGGUAGGAGGUACAUGUAAUCAGUUAUAAAAAUAUGUCACUGGCCAUACUGAGAGUGUUCCUUCAACAGCGCAGUGCAAUAUAGUAAAAUAAUAAGAAAAUAAAAAUAAAUAAAAAACCCUUCCCUUAUAGACCUGCCUAUUUCUCUUUACCUUAGCCUAGCUAAUGCUCUUGGUGGGAAGUACAAGAAGAACUCCAGCAAGAUGGCUUUUAAAAUGGUUAGUACCUGUUGCUAUUGCCGUGAAUCCCAGAUUUGUCAGUGGUACCCAUUAAUGAUCAGCAUGUCAAGUAAUUCUGUUCUUAACCCUUUAAUCCCCAGUAUUCACCUACAAAUUCUCCAAACUAAUCUUUAAACAUUUCCUUAAAUAAUUACUGCAAAUCCUCUAUUAAGCCCCAUCCCUCUAAUAGGCCCUUUUCAGGGAAAGACUGAGUUCAUAACCCCCCCCCCCCACCCCCCCCCCCCCCCACUUUUUGUUAAGCACCCCCCUCUCCCUUCCCUCUCCUAAUUAUUCUUCACUAAUAAAUGAUAGACUUAAUUAAUCAAUCACUACUGAAAAACUUUUGUGUGGACUGAUCUGGAAUGGUUUAUUUACAAACUGGAAGUUCGGAUUUGAUUCUGAUCCUUGGCUGCAUGACCUCCAACCUUCUUGUACUUGAGCUUUUCCACUAUGUAUUGUAGUUCUUUUUAGAGAACUGAUACCAUCAUCUUUUCUAACUUAAAUAAGCCCCACCCUCUCCAAUAAGCCCCCCCUCCCACCCCACCCAUCUCUAUUAAGCCCUCUCUCAAAUGAGCUUGAAGUAAAUAAGCACCCCAGGGGGCUUAAUAGACGAUUUACAGUAGCUGAGAAAAUUUGAGAAAAGAUCAAAGCAUUUUUUCGGUCAUGAUCAGCUUAUUAAUUCUCCUAACCCUAUCAUUAAAGGGUAACUUGACUAACGCGCAACUGAAGUGUUUUUGGGCGAGAUCAUAGUACAUACUUAGGCAAAUUGAAAAUUCCUAAUAAAUUUUUUGUGGACCAAAAGUGAAAUCUGCAUGUUGAGAUGUCUCAGUUUAACUGACACACAGCACAUUCUUUGCAUAAGCCCCUUCAACUUUCAGUUGUCUUUUCAAUAUCUGGUCAUUGUUUAAUGAUUUGUUCCUUUCUUGAAUGUUGUAGAUGGAGAACAUUGGAUUCUUUCUGUCCUUCUGUGAUGAAAUAGGGGUACCUAAAAGCGACAUCUUUCAGACCGUCGACUUGUAUGAAAACCAGAAUAUACCAGGGGUAAGUGGUGACUUUUGUUGGAGGACAGAGUGUGUGAUAUCUUUGCCCCUGGAUUGACCAAAGCUCAAGGAAGUGAUUGACAAAAAUCAGAAGGGUUCAGUUCAUGCUUCUUUUUCAAUAGUUUGCUAAAAAAGAAAAUCCUUUAUUACCUCUAACUGCUCUAAGUGAGACCAACAUUUAGUUUCUCCUUAUACUACUCAAUCCAAGAUAAAGGUCAUGAGAAGAAAUGAAAUGAUCAACAAGUGAAAGAGAUCUUGAUAAUAGGCCAUUUUACAGUUGAGCGCUUGGUGUGCUAGCCUUCGAGUGAUCUUGAGGCUGAUGUUGACCUUGUUUUGAUACAAACCUCCUUCCUUUUCUAAUGGGAAUUUUGCUUAAAAAAUACUAGUUAGCAUACAACAACAACAUGAUUAUUAUGUACAUAAUAAAGCAAGAAGGGUUGUAUCAAAACAAGGUCAACUCUAGCCUCUUUUCCAACGGUAACUGUAAAAUGGGCUAUUGUUGAACAAAUUUUUCUUAUAUAUCUAUGGGAAACGCUGAGGGAAAGGGUUCGUUAGUCCAUGUACAGUGUAAAUUUGGUUGUAUCGAUGGUGUGGGGACAUGUUACGGUCAACUUCCGUUUCUGUGGACACUCGGAACCGCCGUCUAGUGUCCCUAAUAGUGAGGGCCUGUUUAUAUGAGGUAAGCUAGCCCACUAAGGUGAUGUUACUGGAGACGAUUCGCAACGACGAUUUUUAACGCAACACAGCGUUGUAACAUUGUUGCGACAUUGUUUCGAAUGGUUACAACAUUGUUCCAACAUUGCAACUCUGUGCUGGGCUAAAAAUCGUCGUUGCGAAUCGUCCUGUGUAACACCCCUUUUAGCCGGGCUGGCUCGGCUUGUGCCUUGUAUUCUCGUAAAACUUUUCGUUGUGUGUAUAUGAGGCGGGCUAUCACUCUUGCCGAGAUCUCGGCUUGUGCAACCGGGAUCUCGACAAGCCGGGCCAGCGCGCCUCCUCAUAUAAACACAACUACAUAAACAAUUAUAAUUUGAGGUAAUUCUGUCUAAAAUGUUGAAAGUUGCUGAUUGAUGGCCAUUAUAACGAGAGUUAAAACAAUAAAAUUGUGCUGCUAUGACCGAGGAAAGUGUUCUUUAAGUCCGUUAUAGCGAGAGUCCGCCGUAACAGCGAGAGGUUGUUUCAGUCAAAUGUCUGUAAUUUUCGCCGACGGGGAUUUUGCUGCUGUCCGUAUUAGCGGGGUGUUCGUAAGAGCGAGGUGUCCGCAAGACGAGACUUGACUGUACUCAGCUGUACUUGGUAGCCUUUUCUGAUCUGUAAUAAAUGAAUUCUUCAACACGGACUAUCAGUCUUAGGUUUUUCUUCCUCCUCCUCUUCUUCCUAACCUUAUAAAAAUGAAUCUGAUGCCAGCAAGAAUCAGUUUUUAAGAUAAUGUGUGAUUGUUUUGUUUCAUUAGGUCAUUUCUGGUUUGCAUGCUUUUGCCCGAAAGGUAAGCUCAAACAGUAGCUCUUGCAAUUUUCAAGUUGAAUAUUAUGGAAUUUCAUUGCUAUUAUUGAGAGAAAUUGAAUUUUAAAUAUGCCCAGGUUACUAUACGUUUUAGGGCUCAAAAUAAUUUUCGGAAGGUGGCCAGACACGAUGACCGGCCAAAGAAAUUUUUGCUCGGUUAAGUUUCGUUUUUGACCGGCCAAAAUAUUGGGUAAAAGUUAAUUUACCCUUGUUUAAUUUUCUAUUUGUGAAAGUGAUUGUAUUUUACAAAAAGACCAAAUCUAAGAUUUACAGAUGAGGAUUUAGCUGAUUGUUCAAGAAUGAAAGUGUGCAUGACCGGUCAACAUGACCGGCGAGUGAAUUUUGUGGCCGGUGAAGUUGCCGUUCAGGGCGGACGUUGUGCGUUGACCGCAAAUCUUCAAAAUAAGUGAAAAAAGGCGAAAGGAUAGAUGCUAUGAUAUUGCAUCAACUGUGAUUCAUUAUUUUACUUUAUGCGGCGAUUGUACAGCCUUUGAAAUCUGUUUCUCUCUCCGAUAGUGCUCUGCACUCGGUAAACCAGUACCCCAACUGGGUCCUAAAGAAGCCACAGAAAAUAAACGGGAAUUCUCAGAGGAGCAACUCAAAGAGGGACAGAAUGUCAUAGGCCUUCAAAUGGGAACCAACAAGUUAGCUUCGCAAGCUGGUGAUCACUUCGGUCGCCCGAGGCAGGUGGCUGGAGUAGAUGCAUACAAAUAAACUCUAAAACACGAUGAAAGCUAAAACGAGAUGAAAGCUUUCCAAGUCGAAAGAAGAGAUGUCAUGGUCAGCAUAUCUUUAGCGAUAGCGGGGCUUAUCUUGAAACAUGUAACUAGAAAUUUGAAAAUAUCAUUUGUAAGUGCAGUAGCGUCGAUUUGUACCUUUUUAAUUAAAUAAUACACAAUUUGGUGGUUGUAAUAGGUGUAGUUUUCUAUGGCAAUAAACGCUCUUGUCUGGCACUAAAGGUGUGUUCGAUGCGUGGAUCAUUUUCCCUUACCAUUUAUAUGGAUGGUUUCGGCUGGCUUUCUGGUUUAAUUUUUUCCUUUAAUACAAGGGGGGUGAAUGGAAAAUUAAAGAAAGUAGGCAGGAAAAGGAUUAUCUGCACAUAAACCAGAUAGUCCUCGACGAAUCUUAGUGCUUUGCCUCGCUAUUAAAGUGGACACGACGUGAGUGAAGGCAACAAUGGGAGAAAAAUUUCCCCCUUUCCCUCGAGGCUUCGGCUUUUAGGCCGAAGACGUGUCGGCCCCUAAGGAAUCUCGCAGCACGCGAGGAAAAACCUUUUCUACUCAGGAUAUCUGCGUUAGGUUCCAUCAUACCACGCUCGUAUCCAAUACCCCGCUUUCAAAAUUCCCCGCUCACCGCUCUUAAUCACCGCUCCGCCCUGUGAAAGCCUGGGGAUGAGGCAGCCCAGGGACACCCACCCUCGGGGACCCAAAGCCAGCUUAUCCGGACUAUCGGAUUUUCAUGGGCGAUACCAUAUUUUGUAAACUUCUCCUGUGCAAAUCUGGUAGUCCCUACCAGCUGCCCUUGGAUCUCCGAUUAUAAUACCUGAUGGUGGACUGUUUGGCAUUUCUCUAUUGAUUACUCAUGUUAAUUUUAAUCUUUAAUCAACGUCAUCCCCUUCCCUUAAUUUUAAACAAACACCACCCCCAAUUUUUCCUCAUUAAAAACAUUUUAAAUUUAAGAAAGAAAUUCUCAGACAUCUAUUGUGCAAGGACUCGCAUGAAAUCUCCAGGUAUUCUCAAAUGACAGCUGAGUGUCAGCCACUGAACUUCGGCAAGAUUGGCCUUGGCACGCUUAUUUGGCCGUCAAAGUUCACUUUUGAAAGUUUAUUCCUUGUGCAUGCGCACUGUAAGACUGAAAACAAGCGAAUGCACUGUUAACUGAGGCGAGUGGGCGGGGGGAGGAGGUAUCCAUAUCUUACGCGCAAUUUCUCAUCGGUUCGCAGUACAAUUGACUCGGCGCCGACUUGUCCCCCGCCAGUCGGCUGCUCUCAUUCAAAGUUCGGCGCAAGGUAGCCUGCGUGCAAACAUGCACUAUUUUUCCCUUUGUGAAAUUGGAGACGUCUGCCCACAGGCUAGGCGCAGGGAGCUAUUAUAUAUGCUUGCUUUUUCACUGCUGUAGUGACGCCGUUUCCCGAAGAACUAUUAUAAUAACAACAAGGUUCUUCGUGCUUUGACUAUUUUAAUUUUUUUUUUUCUGAUCUGCUGGCGGUCCUUCGUUCCUAGUAUACCGACGAUUUCGUUUGUCCUUGUAUACACUAGCUCUUUUUUGUCUGUCACAAUUUUUUUUUCGAUCUCCUUCGCUUCUCAAAACCUUCUAAGUCAAUCCAGUUUUAAAUUCGUUUUGUAAGGAUUUCUUGUAUUCGUCUCUUCAACUGCAAAUUUUCUUCAUCUUUUAAGUGCUUGAGGUCGACUCUGUCGAGAAGCGCAUCUAUCCAGUGGCGGGCGUUUUGUUCGAGUUUAGCUUCACUUUCCCCCUGAAAAGGUUCGAUAAAAGAAUUUUACAAAGUUCUUCAAUCAUCUUUUUCGUCAAAACCAGAGUGACGGUGCGGCUAGACUACGAGUAGUCCCCAUUUUUCCUCAGGGAUGGUAUAGCGAGUGAAACGCGAGCGCGCGUGAAAAUCACCUCACGCGAGAAAGGCGAGACGCGGUGCGGAGAGAGAAAAAUGAGGGACGUCCAUGUUUCUCUCUCACCGUCUCCUCUCGCCUUUCUCGCUUGGGGUGACUUUCACGCGCGCUCGCGUUUCGCUCGCUCUACAUCCCUGAGGAAAAAUGGGGACUACUCGUAGGCUAAGGUGCGGCUACAACAUUCGUUAUUGUAUGGACAGUCCACUUGCUACAAUGAACUACUCUCCAUUUAUAUUUUGAAAUAUUAAAAAUAAUAGAUUUCCUCCCAUUCAACGCCAGGGCCAACACCCUGCGUCCGGGUAAAAAAAAAAACUAAAACUUCAUGACUUAAGCUUUGAACUUGCUCAAACAAAAGCAUAGAUUGAAAACAAUUAAACACUGAGACAAGCAAAAAAAAUUCGGCUUCAGCAGGCGAAGUUUGUGUUUGCAUUCAAUUUUAAAAAUACAGUACGAAUUAUGCACAGUAUACGUAAUUUUCAAGGAGUUAUAAUAAUUCCUCCAGUGGGGUUAAUUUAACUCCUUACCGUAGAGUUAUUCUAUCCAAGAGGAGUUUAAAGAACUCGUUUUCAGGAGUAAAAAUCACUCCAGAUUUGGAGUUAAUAUCGAGGACCGCAGUUAAAGUAACCCCCCAAAAGGGGUUAUCCUAUACCUAAAACUUUUUACUCCAUUUAAUGUAGUUAUAAUGAUUCACUAAAAAUUACUGUGUGGCGAUACCUUGGGUGCGUUUUUAUGAAGCGAGCUUUCCACAACCAAUAAGCCAGUUAUUAAGAGAACUGCAAUGGUGUACUUUACAACCUGCAACACAAAGAACCGCCUCUGAAGUCAGGUUAUACAAUUGCAACGAGUUAGUUAACGUUCAUAUAGCCUGUUCAUGGUAUUCGACACCCAAGGAAGAAACGAAAUAGCUUGAAAUAGGCCAAAACAUCAAUUAGAAAGUUUGAUUCUGCCCGGCCCAACCUCUGGCUCUUCCUUCCAAGAGCCUUUCUGCGGAAUGGUUUAGAUCGUCCUGCUUCAGCGACUAUAGGUUAUUGCAUCUCACCACCCGUUUGUUUAACAAUGCAUGAUAUUAGUUGACUAGACAAGAAACGACGGAUUUUGAAAGCUUAAUCUUCAGUGUAGGAAUUUUAAAAUAUAGCUUACCUUUCUUUGCGUCGCCAUUAACAUUAAUUCUGUUCUCUUUUUUUCUCUGAAGUUGUUUCUGGCGAUUGAAUUACGAUUCCCCAGUUCCUCACCACUCUAAGAUGUCAAAGAUACUACCGAUAAGGCUUGUGGCAAACUCUUGGAGGUGGCGGGAUGGGGGGGGGAUAGUGUACUUUUUUGAGGGGUGGUAACCUCCUGAGUAUCUAUAAUAGUCUGUUCAUCAGCUGCAUUUCUGUAAAACAUAUUCCAAACUAGACAAAAUUUUUCCUUAUUUCUGAGACUCUCGAGUUUAAAUUGCAGCUCAUCACAGGACUGUGGUUUGUCGAUUGCUCUCCAGAUCUCCUUUAGAAAGGGAUGAGUGCACCGAAAUCGCACAAGAGAGCAACAAGUCUAGUGUAACGGAAUUACGAAUGCAGAGCAAAGUUUUUCCAGUCAAUGGCCAAUACGUCGGCGAUGAGUGGAUCAAGUCUUCUACAUGGCCAGAGUUGGAGUAAACACAGUAAACGGUAGUGCACCGACAGAACUGCACGUUUUCAUGGCAGACAAGUUCUAACUGUCAAACAAUGAUGAAUCAGGGUAUGAAUGGUAAUAUAGAUCCCAAUUCAGAUCUCAGAUCUCUAAUUCUUACUACUAAUGGUUUUUAAACCCUACACCUAGAAAUAGUUACACAUCGAGAGAGGAACAAUAAAAUUUGUGUUUGUGAAGAUCUCCCCCUCCCCCCGCUCUUCAGUAACCCGAGAGAGCAAGCUUUGUACCAGGCAGUUACCAGCAGUGGAUGAACUAAUGACGACUGGUUGUGAAACCCUAGUCCUGUUGUUUGUUAAAUUGAUGACACGAACGGUGACCAGCCUAAAUCCCAGUAUCAAGAUUUCGCUCUAGGGUGAUUUACUUGACCCAUAAAAGACGACCGUAAACUAGGGGGGGGGGGGGGGCUUAUCUCCGGGGGGGCUUAUAACCGGAACAAAAAAACCCCCCCAAACCGAGCUGCAGAAGUACUGAACAAAAUACGGCUUAAAAAUAAUAAAACAUAAAAACUCCCUGAUAAAUCGAAUUAUUUUCAUUACUUUUGGGGGGGGCUUUUAGGGGGGGGGGGGGGGGCUUAUCUCCGAGGGGGCUUAUAACCGGAACAGAAAAAGCCCCUCGAAACGAGCUGCAGCAGUACUGAACAAAAUACGUCUUAAUAAUAAUUAAGCAUCAAAACUCCAUGAUAAAUCGAAUUCAUUUCACUACUUUUGGAGGGGGCCUUUAUCCGGGGGGGGGGAGGCUUAUAAUCGGAUGUGUUUUUUUGUUUAUAAGGGAACGGGCCUGCAACUGGGCAACCUCGUUCCCAGCGCGCUUUUCUCCGGGAAAAACCGCCUUGGGGACGAGGUUGCCUAUUGAUGGGCCUAUAACUCGGCAACCUCGUUCCCAGAGUCCCCCCCCUACCCUUCCCUGCGGAGCAGAACGUUUUGUGAGUUUCCCCCGGCCCUGAGACUGGGGUCUGCGACGGAGAACAAGCUUGCAUGCUGUCUUUGAUUCAUGAUCAGUAGAGAAAUGAUUAACCUUUUCGGCACGUAUUUGUUUACUUGAAGCUUUCACUUACAAAAAAUUCGGAAAACUCGUCUCAUUUGUCUUGUCAGUCAUUCAUAAAGGUUAACUAAGCGAAAACGUUUAUCUCCGCUUUCCAUAUAAGGACCAAAAUUGUAACGCCAAAGUAAAAUUUCUCGAUCUGGCAUAAAUGUGAAAAUUUUUUUCCUUAUAGAAUCACAACAUAUCUAUAAAAAAUUGCUAUAGCGUAUAUCGCUAGUGAUUAUCUACUGAAAUAACAGGAGAACAGGAUUGCUUACAAACCGUUUUCACUGAACAUGAGAAAACAGACUUUUCAGUUUCAGCCGGUUGCAUGCGUGUGUAUCAAGCGUGGCGGAAUAAACUUGAUUAAAUCUUUGACAAUUUGCCCAUUCUUUGCAUUUGGAUCUGUGCUUUCUGCUUCGAAUUCAAGUGAGGACCUGAAAAAGACACUUGAAGGAAACCAACUACAGUUAUACCAGAAACAUGGCGGAAAAUAAAGCCAGAGGGUAUGGCUUAUCUGCAGAAGUGCAGCGAAAGGUAACGUUAAAUCUAGAAAGCAAUUUUUGUCCCAUUUAAUACCUAGAAUUUGUAAUUAAUUUCCAAGAGAUCAUGCAGCUCAAGAUUUACACAGAUUUCGAGAAAAACUUGCCACCGAACGAUCUUGUAAUAACUGAAUUUGUACCAUACAGUUACAGUUUCAGUUUUGUCGCCAUUUCAAGCGAACUUCAAAGAGAAAGCUAUUUUUUUCGCGAUUACAUGUCUGAUGCAUGUUCCGUUUGAUGAGCUGUCCCUUCAUCGCCGUUGUUAUCUUCAAAGACGUGGCAAACCUCACUGAAAACUGAUUAAAUACUGAUAAUAUUCACAGUAAAUGUUUUACCAAGAUGAAGUCUAGCCUCUAAAUGAUUUCAUAUUCAACUAUCCCUGGACUCUCUUGCAUGGGAGUUUCGAGAUGUGUCUGUUUCCAUGAGUUGAUCUUAAAUAAAGCAUUGUUUUCAUUCUUAGAUUACGGUCUAACUUUGAGGUUUUCAGCACAUCUAGCCAAAACGGUUAGGGUAGCUAAGCCUUCCUACUGUGCAUAAGAGGCACUGAGAUCGAUCUUCCAAAGAGAUGUCCGUACACAGAGAUUAAGGAUCCCAUUCGGGCUUGCGCAACAGCUGGUGGCGAAAUAUAUAGUGACAAACAAGAAAGUAUACAUUCGAGUAUUCACCAAAACUCGCGAAAUCGUUCUCUGCCUUUUCCAACUGAGUCAGUUCCCGGCUCGAUAUCAAGAGAAGUCUUUUAAAGUUCGAAGUAGGAUAAAUAUUUAACUCAGAGGAAACAAUAGGCUCUUGUGAAAAUAAUUGGCGUAUUGUAAGCCAAACGGUAUUAACAUCAGGGAAAAAUGCAACAAAGUACUGCCCAAAGACGAGCCAAGUGAAAUUGUUACUUGAAUUGUUAAGAAACUUUUAGUGUCAAACACUGUUGACAAAAUGCCCAGAGAAAGUCCAACUCAAGGAAAUUUUUACAUUCGCAUAUUUGAUAAAAAUGGAAACAAUAACCUUGAAGUUUGUUUUGAAAACUUUCAAGGCCACCUACGGAGCAGGUUGUGGGUAACCUUUUAUUAAAAACGUAAAUAUUGGAGCGAGACGUAGUAACCGCCUGUGAGUGAGCUAUAACUAAGGAGCGACUGUUUUGCGAAAGCCCAACGCAAAACUGCAACGCGACAGCCCGCUCGAACUGAAAGAAAUGGAGUAUAGGAAAAUGGAAAUUGAAUAAAAGGGCAAUCUCGUCCCCAGGGUCUUCUCGUUUUCCAAUACGCCGCCGCCAUAUUGGAAAACAAGAAGACCCCUUGGACGAAGUUGCAAAAAGGGAAAGUGAAUAAGAAUACAACGUCAACGAUAAACUGUCAAAGGCCAUCAAAGCUUAGGCAUACGAGAGCAAUCUUCAGCCAUCAUGACCGAACAAGCUUGGUCGAUGAAGGAUUGAUUCCCGGAGGUGGGGCAUACUACCAUAUAUGGGCUAUAUAGGUAUGUGCCGCUGUGAAGGGUAUGGUUUUCAAGCAUUUUACCCUGGGAUGGAGUAUAUAAAUCGGAGAGGAGAGAGUUUGGGUCUAGAGUAGCGUAUCAUUUUCCAGAAAAUUGAUUAAUUGGUUGAAAAUUUUAGUCUACUCUAGGGAAACCGGGAAUUGCCACUCAAACAUAUAAAAAGUGAAAAUCAAAUCGGUUUUGUUUUGGCUGGACUUUGCUAGAGACCUCAGUAGUUUCUGGAAAACAUCUACUCUAGGAUAGGGGGAUUUGGGGAGUUUAGUCUAGUAUAAGGAAGGAAAAUUCACUUGAACUAGCUCUGGUAUAGGCUAAGGGUUCCAGGGUCCCAUGCCAGCGGCACAUCCCCACUCAAAAAUUCCUAAACUACCCCCCACCCCCGGGGGAUUAAUUACAUAGCAAAAACAAAAAUGUUUUCUUGCGGGAGGAAGCGGGAUAUCCCAAUCUUGCCCGAUCGGGUAGCCAUUGAGAAAACAGGAUUCGAUUCAUCUUACUCGCUUUUGGAGCCAAACUCGUAAUAAAUAAUGUAAUUAGCAUAUGAACUUGCUAAUGGGGGAAGUGUGGUUGUCAUUGGGGAAAUGAUAUUGAUUUGGGAAGGAAAUAAAUUAGCGGUAGACAAGGUAUGCACGCCAGUUAGUCCCCUAAUAGGCUCAGAGGCACCUUGUUGUGGUGGUGGACUAUUCAUCUAUCCGUGGUGGUAUUGAUCUACUAAUUAUUCACUUCAUAUUAACUACUCCCCAAAUCCAAAAUUUUUCCCUUUUCCAAAAUUUUAAAUACCCCCCAACCCCCCUACAAUUUUUAUACAUUAAAGCAUUCGAAAAAUCACAAAAAAAUUCUCCAAAAAUUAUUGAACUCCAAAGACUCCAAAGUAAUUGAGUCAUUUUGCGAUUGAAUGAAAAAAAGGGGCGGAACUAAACGAAACAAAAUACUUUUAACCAGACCUCCCCAUCAAAGACCCGUUUAACAUCACGAAUGAGUGGGGUGCAGAGCAAUAAGAAGAAGAGGGCCGAUACAAUAUUUCGUAGAUCGAGGGAAUAAACCUUCAUUCCGACGGUUUCUUUGUUAUCAGAUUAAUGCCAAUUACAACAAAAGAGUUGAGGAGGACGUGAGACGCUGGAUCGAAGAUGUGUUGGAAGAACCAGUGGAAUGGGGAGCAGAAGACACUGACUCUCCUGGAAGUGGUUUUGCCGAUGGUCUCAUGGACGGUGAAAUUCUUUGCAAGUACGACAUUCUGUAGUCUGCGAACGCAGACGAAUUUCAGGUCGUCGCUUCUCUCCAGCUUAAAAAUUACUUUUCUGGUGGAGAGAGGAGACGACCGGAAAUACGUCGUGAAAUGAUUCUCAAAUUUGUGACGCAGUGAAGAAGAUAAGGUUAUAACAUCAUUUGAAUGUCCCUUGAUCAUCAUUAAUAAACAGCAUUUUCCAUAUAAAUCCAAUGGUACUGUUUAUUGAGCUUUACAAAGUGGAUCUCGGCUCAGUCUCCUUCCCAGGGUCCUCUCCUACUCGCCCUAUCCCCCUAUGGUCUGGCAGACGAGAUGGAGAGGAGCCUAGGGGCGAGGUUGGAUCUAACUAUCUAUUCUUUAAUAAAAUCGAUUCUUCAAUGUGACCAUUCAAAUAAAAGCUACUGAGCAGUACUUGCCUGUGAUACUCUUUAUUAUGCUGCAGAAGAGAAUUAAACCUUUUUUUAUUGUUAGUAUGAACGCGAGAGGAGGCUUGUUGAAUGAAAUCCUACCAUGAACCAUUCUUUCUUUCUUUUCAGACUUGCCAACAAGCUGCAGCCUGGAGCGGUGAAGAUGAACGACACUAAAAAGGUCACAAACGCUGCUAUGAGAACAAAUAAAGAGGUUAGAAACUAUUUCGUUGCAAACAAUCAUCCUUGCGCUCAGAGAAGUUUACAGACUGGUGUUAAAGAAGACAAGCAAAGUUAAAAAAAUCAAAAAACAAAAAUCGAGAGCAACCAGAGCUUGAAGCAAUUUUUUAAUGUCGGUUUUGAGUGUGGGAAAUUCCCGGGGGAUGGUGGUUGCUCUCAAGUAGAAGUACAGGGAGGUUCUCUCUUAAGAAGUGCAAAGCUGACGGGAAGCGUGAAUAUCGUCUAUAAAAAUUAAAAACGUAGGAUAUUGAAAAACUAGAAUUUAUUUUUCACAAAUAAUGUAACGGAAAAAAGUUCGGAAUUUUCAGAGAGUAAAUAAUAAGAAAAACGUGUGAGAUAUUGUACUGUAUAUUAAUUAUCAUAAAAAAGUCAGUAUACUUUACUUUUUAUUAACAGAAAGAAAAUAUUGAGAAGUUCUUGAAGUUCGCCGAGGCUUAUGGCGUGAAGGACCGAUUUACCACUGCUUACCUGUACCAGAAACAAAAUGUUAUGUCGGUGAGUUUGAAUUCUUGAGGGAAAGUAUAUUUUCUCUUUAUUAAGACGAGUGUCUGCUAAAUGCACCAUUAACAAGGAUGGGCCGUCUUUCAGUAAGAGAAUGAUGUCUGAUUUAAGAGUGGACAUCUCGCCCCAACUUUAGCGCCUACACUGCUUGCAGCUCUCAAUUUUCUCCUGUCUACUUCUGACUUCUGUUUGGUAAACUCGCGAACUGACGCGAAUAUCAAAGCGAAGAGCAAGGUGGUUGUCUUACACCUGGCUGGCUCUGCAUUGUAGCGUUCUUUCCGGUUUGCACGUAAAAAAUAGAACAGACGGAAAGGCUGUGGACAGUUUACUCAGGCUCCCAUGUGAACACCUGCUAUGCAUGUGCAACCUUAUCCAAAGCUUAUCAUUUUCUUAAAAUAUUAGCUAAUUUGUGGAUAGCAUGCUAUUUCACUGUUUUUAUGAUUCUUAAAACUUCGUUCCAAAAUAUUUCGAAAACACUCUCAUAGAAUUUGUUCAAACUUUGCCAUAAUUGAGGCAAUUAUGGCAGGUACAUACUCCUUUAAGCGAUUUCUUAAAAAAACUCCUGGUACAGAGAAACUCAAAGAUAAAUAAAAAACGUAAUGCCGUCAUUACGUUGCUAUGGCAACUCCGAUUUCAAUAAAACCCAGAUCAUAAGAAAUUUUCCUCUUUAUAUAAUACUGUUGUGGUAACCUUUUUUCCAUAUCUUUACUCAUGCCGACGUAGUUAAUGCUCAAACUUGGGAGGUAUCCCCCCCAAAAAAAUCCAAUCAAGCCACCUUAAGGUAGAUACUUUCUAUUUUUUCCCCAUGAAAGAAAUCAAUUUCUUUUUUCCUGAAAGCGCUACCUGCAUGGGUAAAAUUAUUUUAGCGAAUGAACAUUUUAUUAACUUUCGAUACCUUUCAUUUAGUAAACUUUCAACAAAGGUUAGUAAAUCGACAGUGUAUUUGUAGUUUAAGUUUUGAGAAGUGAAAAUGACAACUAAGUACAAUGCUUAUGUAUUUUAUAUUUCCCUCGUUUGACGGUAGUCCAAUACGAUCAGUUUGGAAUUAUCAAAAUUCGUACUUGGCUCGCGGCUGAGGAGUAUAAAACAAAAGAAAUGAAUUAUGAAUCCCUGAAUCGAAAUGCGAUUUCUUUUGUUUUGAACCCUCAGACUCUGAGCCAAGUAUGAGUUUUAAUAGUUCGUAACCCACCUAUCAAGGCCAGAAUUAGAUGUCAUGGGAUCUCAAGAAAGCCAAUCAGUAGGCGCACCGUUGGGGAAAAGAUUUAAUUCCCCAUUNUCCCUGAAUCGAAAUGCGAUUUCUUUUGUUUUGAACCCUCAGACUCUGAGCCAAGUAUGAGUUUUAAUAGUUCGUAACCCACCUAUCAAGGCCAGAAUUAGAUGUCAUGGGAUCUCAAGAAAGCCAAUCAGUAGGCGCACCGUUGGGGAAAAGAUUUAAUUCCCCAUUGCGGAAACUAUAAGGGGCAUGCGUACAAGAUUUCGGGGCAGGGGCGGACAAGUGUUACUUAUGAUUGGUCGAUGGUAUCCAAGGCAACCAUUAACCAAUCACAAGUAACGCUUGUCAACCCAAACUAUCCCAGAGAUCGUUGGGCCGAAUGCUUCAACCCAUUCUUCUAAUAGUUUCUGGAGUGAGGAAUUCCAGCCUUAUCUUUUGUUGUUUUUGGUUUUUUUCAUUUCAGGUUGUUAAUUGCUUGUGCCAGCUAGGAAGCACAGUAAGUAUUUCAGGCGUUUUUGGCCGAUGCACUUCAACCGGAAGUGAGGCGGUCUUGACGCUAUAAAACUUGUCUUGCUUCGUUUCUUAACUGUUAUGGAGACGAUUUAACUGAAAAUUUGGUCUAAGCCACUACUCAGGAAUGUCCACUUUCUCCCUCUGUCUCCCUAUUCUAUCCGGUGGUUCGAGAGUCUCCGUAAGCGGACACUCUCGGGUAGGAGAAAAAGGUUCCGUAAGUGGAGCCAGCCACUUCUGGGAAUUUUUAUGUAAGCACCCACACAUGGGAUAGGUGGACGUUUACGAAAACCUAUACAAGCGCUCAUAACAUGCUUCAUUCACUGUUCAUCUUCAUCCAAUUCAAUACCGAUCAUAUGGCAGAAGUGCUUUGUACUGUUACGACUGAAUAACGUUUUUUCUAGUACUUAGUCUUCAAGCAUGUCUUAGCGGGAACUUAGAAACAAAUUAAGGGAAGAAUCAGUCACACAACUUCAGAAGUAUCUAAAGCCAUGUUUUCGACUGAGGUUAAAACGGAGAUUGUCGUGAGACUAUCGUGAGUAUAGUUGCCAUGUUUCCAUCCUCUGGGACUCAGUCGUCGUCCCGUUUCUUCCCGCCCGACUGAAUGCCCUCGAGUCUUCAGUGAUUUCCACUUUAUACAAGAAUGUCCGUUUUGUUAGCCUUUAAAUUGAGAGGUAAAUCAUUUUAAUUUCGCAGACUAAGCCCAUAGUGUGUAAAGUUCGCGGGGCAGGAACGCUUGGCGGACCCUUAUAAGGACAGGGUGGCAAAGGGGGGGUACCUAUCGGCGCAUCACGCCGCUUUUUUUUUUAAAGCUAUCACGCAUCUCGGAAAAAUAAAAUAAAAUAUUGACAAGUACCCUAUUAUCAUUUGAUCUGAGGAAAUCAGGUCGAGGUCGAGGAAUGAGGGCAAGAAGUUGGUGUCAUAACUAUCUAUUAUUAAUCAGUCUCUGCUUCUUGCUUCAAAUGACAUUAACCAUCACGGAAAUUUCAAAGGAAAAUCACGCGUCACGCGUUGUGAAAAUAGUAAAUCACGCAUCACCCUGCUAGGCCAAAUCACUUCUCACGAGGCUAAUUUGGGCCCGAUCACACAUCACGCGUCACGGAAAACCCCUUUGCCACCCAAAGAACGUCUGCGUGACAGGCCACGUAGUGUGGCCAUUGAAGCGAAGCCCCAUUAGGUAUUCUAACCACAGGGUUAGCUUAAUUGUAGCCUGGGACCAGUCCCUUUUUUGCCUUUUCCCUUACUGCGGAGCGGAGCCCGGAGCCGGAUGUUGCGAUCGAGUACUUCAGGUCAAUACUCAGACCAAUUUUUAUAAAUCUUACUGCCUUUCCUUGGCAACAAGCUGAACGUUCACAACGUAGGUACAACAACAUGUUGUUCCCAAUAAGUAUAUUUGUGUUAUUGUUUUUUUGUGCUCGAUACACAUUGAUAAAUAUUUUUGAAACAUGACACUUGUGCGCUAUUUACACUUUCUCCUAAUUACCACUGCGUUUAUCACGAACAGUUUCAUGAAAAUAUAUAAUUUAGACUAGGAAUGUAUUUAUCUCUUUUAAAAACCAACUGGAGGUCCAAUUUUUCUUAAACCGAUUCUUAAGUUUAAAUGACUGGAUGCAACUGUUUGCAGGCACAAAGCAAAGGCUUUAGUGGCCCCUGCUUGGGUCCAAAGAUUGCCGAGGAGAAUAAAAGAAACUUUACAGAGGAGCAACUGUGCGAGGGGAAAAAACACAUAGGCCUUCAGAUGGGAACCAACAAGUUAGCUUCGCAAGCUGGAGAACACUUUGGUCGCGCAAGGCAGGUGGCUGGAGUAGAUGCCUACAAAUAAAGAAUAAAACAAGGAGAAAUGUUUCUUUGACGAAGGGGAUAUGUCAAAGCCAGAAGCUAGUACAAUAGGAAAAUGUACUGUAAGCGCAAUAAUGUUGACCC